CCCCGCCAGCGCCCCCGCGCCGGGCGCCCACCCAGUCCGCCUCCUGUGAGAGCGCUGUCCGCCGCGGCGGCCGGAGAGGGCCGGCGGGCCGGGGGAUGGCGCUGCUGGACCUGGCCCUGGAGGGAAUGGCCGUCUUUGGGUUCGUCCUCUUUUUGGUGCUGUGGCUGAUGCAUUUCAUGGCCAUCAUCUACACCCGAUUACACCUCAACAAGAAGGCAACGGACAAACAGCCAUAUAGCAAGCUCCCUGGUGUCUCUCUUCUGAAACCGCUGAAAGGGGUAGAUCCUAACCUAAUCAACAACUUGGAAACAUUCUUUGAGUUGGAUUAUCCCAAAUAUGAAGUACUCCUUUGUGUACAAGAUCAUGAUGAUCCAGCCAUUGAUGUGUGUAAGAAGCUUCUUGGAAAAUAUCCUAACGUGGAUGCUAGGUUGUUUAUAGGUGGCAAAAAGGUUGGCAUUAAUCCUAAAAUUAAUAAUUUAAUGCCAGGAUAUGAAGUUGCAAAAUACGAUCUUAUAUGGAUUUGUGAUAGUGGAAUAAGAGUAAUUCCAGACACACUUACUGACAUGGUUAAUCAAAUGACAGAGAAGGUGGGAUUGGUUCAUGGGCUGCCGUAUGUGGCAGACAGACAGGGCUUUGCUGCCACAUUAGAACAGGUGUAUUUUGGAACUUCACACCCAAGGUCCUAUAUCUCAGCCAAUGUAACUGGUUUCAAAUGUGUGACAGGAAUGUCUUGCUUAAUGAGAAAGGAUGUAUUAGAUCAAGCAGGAGGGCUUAUAGCUUUUGCCCAGUACAUUGCUGAAGAUUACUUUAUGGCCAAAGCAAUUGCUGACCGAGGAUGGAGGUUUGCAAUGUCCACUCAAGUUGCAAUGCAAAACUCUGGCUCAUAUUCAAUUUCUCAGUUUCAAUCCAGAAUGAUCAGGUGGACCAAAUUGCGAAUUAAUAUGCUUCCUGCUACAAUAAUUUGCGAGCCGAUUUCAGAAUGCUUUGUUGCCAGUUUAAUUAUUGGAUGGGCAGCUCACCAUGUAUUCAGAUGGGAUAUUAUGGUAUUUUUCAUGUGUCAUUGCCUGGCGUGGUUUAUAUUUGACUACAUUCAACUCAGGGGUGUCCAGGGUGGCGCACUAUGUUUUUCAAAACUUGAUUAUGCUGUAGCUUGGUUCAUCCGUGAAUCCAUGACAAUAUACAUCUUCUUGUCAGCAUUAUGGGACCCUACUAUAAGCUGGAGAACUGGUCGCUACAGGUUACGCUGUGGAGGCACAGCAGAGGAAAUCCUAGAUGUAUAACUACAGCUCUGUGACUGUAUAUAAAGGAAAAAAGAGAAGUAUUAUAAAUUAUGUUUAUAUAAAUGCUUUUAAAGAUCUACCUUCAAUAGUUUUAUCACGUGUAUGUUUUGGUAAUUGUUCUUUAAUUUAUUUUGCAUGGCACUUGCAUCUGUGAGAGAAAAAACAAAAAAAAACAAAAAAACAUCUAUAGUCUCAGCCAAAUGGUACACUUUAUUUUGUGGAAGUAGAAAAUCAAGAGGAUUGGUUCUAGGAACCUGGGUUUGUUUUGUUGUCUGUCUGUUUAUUUUUUUUUAAUAAAUAUAUACAUAUAUACACAUAUAUGAGUGCUCUGCAACAAAUACUAUGACAGUAUCCUUCAGUAGAAGAAGUUUCUUUUUUGUGAGUACAUGUUUUUAGAGCAUUUAUGGGAGGGCAACAGCUUUGUUCUGGGGUUUAGAAAAGACCAGAAGGUAAUCAGUGUUCAUGUCUACAGUGAAUGUUACUAUUCCGUGAACAAUCCACAGUGUGGUACUAACUGAGAAACUUUUUCAUGCUUUAUGCCUACCUCUUGUAGCUGUUGCAGAGCAAAUAUAAAUCGUAAUAAGGUAGAUAGGCCUGGCAAAAAUAAGUGGAAAAACUUAAAAAAAUAAUAGUAAUAAAAGAGCUGGAGUCUAGUAUUUAUAUGAAUCUGUGAGAUAUAUUUUUCAGUCUCACUCCAAUGAACCAAAAGUGGCUGAGUUUGGUUUUUAAUUGUAGCCAUUUAUUGAAGGCAUCUUUUUGACCAACUCUUGUUGGUUCUGUCUUGAACCAUUGUUAAUCACUGUGCUGUAAUUAGUCUAGCUAAGCCUUUCCUUCCCUGCUCCUCACCCAACCUACCCCAUCUUUCCUUAACUUUUUUUCAGGGGGGGUCCUGGGAGUGGUUUUGUUUUAGUAUGAGUGGGCGUUUUGAUAGCUGUGAGGAAAAAUGCAUUUCAGACACAUUUCACACAUGAGCUAUUUUCUUACACAGUAUGUCUUGUUAAUAAGAAUGUAAUUUCAUGACACAGGUAUUUAAUAUCUUUUUUAGGAAAGUAAAUAUUCUAGUCAUCAUUAAAUAAAUUGCAGUAGAGUAUUAAGAGGGGACAAGAUGAAUUUUACCGUUAAAAUUAAUCAGUAUCAAACUAAGUCUACUGUGUGUGUGUGCGUGUGUGUAUGUGUGGUUUUUUUGUUUUCUGUUUUUUUUUACUAUUAUAGUCUAGUCCUAUUUAAAUUGGAUUUUUGUAUUCCAGUUUGUAUGACAAAAUAGACUAGAUCAAUGCUAGUUGUAAAUGCAUGCUGUAUUACACUCAUCUCUUCCCAUCAUGCCGCUGAACUUGCUUGUCAGGUUGUGCUUAACUUGUGGUGAACUGGACUUGUUUUUGUUUAAACAAAAAAAUAAGCAAAAAAUGCAAAGGACAGUGCAUAAGCCUUUCUUUCUUUUUUGGUAAUGGUUUUUAUGCUUUUCCUUCCGAAUUGGGUGGGCAUGUUGUCCAUACGGAUGCCUAUACCGCAGGGCUAACACUGGCAAUAUGACAGCUGUAAAUUCUGAGUUAUACACUUUCCAUGUCAAAGUGUAAUGUGUAGCAUAUUAGCAAUAACUAUAUAUUUAUAGAAAAUGGACACUUUUCACUUCACUGAGCCAAUUCAUUUAAUUGUCUAAUGACUAUAUCCAUGGUUUAAAUUGCAGUAUGUCUCUAAAUGUGUAUAUACUAUGUAUGCGCAUUAUGUUUAAGCUUUUCUCUGGGCCAGAAUGCUUCCUCCACUUUUUUUUUUUUUUUUUGCCUUAUGAUGAAUUUGUUUGAAGGGCAUUUUCUUCAUGAACAAAGGCUUUGAUGCAUAUUCCUUUCUUUAUGUGAAUUGGGUAGUAGUGUUCCCUGAGGAAAGCUGCACAGUGAAAACCAGUCUAGUUGUGACCCACUACGUGUUUAUUUUUUUAAGUCAUUAUUACCCAAGUUGAAUUUUGCUGACUGUGUUUAUAAUUUGUUGGUUUGUUUAAUGAAGUUUGGUUGAUGCCAUCAUUUGCACUGCUGAAAUGAAAACUUGCUUAUUACUUAGCUUUAUGUUGAUGACAGUAUGGGCAGUGUAACAAAACCAAAAUGGCUGAACAGACUUCUUGUGUUUUGUAAAUACAUUGAAAAAAAAAAAAAAAGUUCUGUAUGUGCUUUAUGUGGUAGUGGAGUAUUUCCUAAAAGUGAAACUUCACAUAA